ACUCGCAAAAUGGCACGUACCAAGCAGACUGCACGUAAGUCUACCGGAGGCAAGGCCCCCCGCAAGCAGUUGGCCACCAAGGCAGCACGUAAGUCUGCCCCUGCUACCGGAGGUGUCAAGAAGCCCCAUCGUUACAGGCCUGGAACCGUUGCCCUCCGUGAGAUCCGUCGUUACCAGAAGAGCACUGAGCUCCUCAUCCGCAAGCUGCCCUUCCAGCGUCUCGUUCGCGAGAUUGCCCAGGACUUCAAGACUGACCUCCGCUUCCAGUCCUCUGCUGUCAUGGCUCUGCAGGAAGCUUCCGAGGCUUACCUGGUCGGCCUCUUUGAGGACACCAACCUGUGCGCUAUCCACGCCAAAAGAGUCACAAUCAUGCCUAAGGACAUCCAACUUGCUCGCCGUAUCCGCGGAGAGCGCGCCUAAGGUUUUGAUUGCAUACCUGCAACACAAAACUAUUAUCCUCGGCCCUUUUCAGGGCCUAAAAUUAAUUCUCAGAGAGAUGAAAUACAGACAAGUCAUAUCAAAUGGUGUACAUGUACACAGACGGCAAUAAUAAUAAUAGUGAUAAGCAUAUGUAAACAAACGGCUAUAUAAUGUUGAUAAGCACAUAUACA